AUGAGCGGAGGAUAGGGAUCGCGGGUGCCGACGCAACCUCGCGCAGAAAGUCCAGACCGCGUCUCCGGCGAUCUCGGGCCAUGGCGACCCGCCCGCCCGAGCUUGGCCGCGGAAAAAGGUCGCUGCUUCAGGAGGUUCCUUCCCCGACGAGCGGCGGUCAGGCGCGGCUCGAUCCGGACCGGUCCGCGAAGGAUAUUCGGCUCGGGGCUGGGCGCUACUCCCGUGAGUCGUCCCGCGUCGUUGACUCUGCGCCACCGCGGGGAAGGCCGGGCGGAUCUUCGCCGGCUGCUGCCCCUGCCCUUCCGGCCCUCGAUUCUCAGGUUUUGGACAGUGAGCAGGGAGGGAUGUGGAGAAGGCUGCGCCCAAGGGACAUGGAUUCUUCGGCCUCUUUGACUGGGGAAGAGCAAGAAGUCCAAGAGGCGGCUGUUCAGCCGGAGCGGGGGCUAUCAGGGGAGUUCCGUAGAUGGGAAGGACACUGAUGGCAGCGUGCCAAGUACGCCGCCGUCGAACUCGGGCUAGAGGAGAAGAGCAGAAGCAGAGAUCUAGGCCAUGCCAUGCGGGAGAAGAGGAGAAUCACAGCGAGAUGCAGGACCUGUCGGCUAGAUGAUGUGCCGAGAUGCCAUGCUGGAGGUGCCCGCUAGUAGGUGAUGUCGCUGGCGAGCUGAGAUGGGCAACGUCUUCGGCGAGCUGAGACAGAGCUGGCGACGUCGCCGGCGAGCUGUGGACGACAUCACCGGAGUCUUUGUGUUUUCGUAUGCGUUGUAAUAUAAUACAUGUUCUGUUUAAAUAAAAUAAAGAGAUAACUUAGCCUUUAAGUUGA